AUGAGCGAAUGUGAUGAAAGUCAAACAAAAUUAAGUGUACCGGACGAGCUUAGAGAUAUUCUACUUGAUCUUACUAUUGGAUAUUUACUUGAGCAACCCGGUGACCUAAUUGAUUAUGCUAUCGAAUUUUUCGAUAAGCUAAAAAAGGCUAAACAUUUACAAGGUCCGGACGUCCAGUCUGAGGAAUCUGAUUGUUCUGAUGUUGAACCACAACGUGCGCGUUAUUGUUCUAGACGCAAGUCAGUAUUUGCAGAAACAUAUAAUCCCGAAGAAGAUGAUCAGGAUGAAAGAUACAAAGUUGUAUUUCCUAAAACCGAUGAUCAACGUAAUUCUCUUAAAUUUAAUGUAAAAAAAAUAUUUAUAUUCAGAGCAUUAGAUCCAGAGCAGAUCAACUAUGUCAUUGAUGCUAUGUUUGAUCGCCAAGUUCACCCUGGAGAUAUUAUUAUAAAAGAGGGAGAUGAUGGUGAUAACUUUUAUGUAAUUGAUAGGGGACUGUUUGUGGCGUAUGUAUCUGAAAUAGGAGGUAGUGAACGUUUGGUACAUACAUAUGAAAAUAAAGGUAGUUUUGGAGAAUUAGCAUUACUUUACAAUAUACCCCGAGCUGCAACUGUAAAAUCGAUAUCUGAUGGUUUGCUAUGGGUCAUGGAUCGUAAAAUGUUUCGGCGUAUUGUCUUGAAAACUGCAUUUAAAAAACGUAAAAUGUACGAGGAUCUUAUUGGCAUGGUUCCUAUGUUGAAAUCUUUACAGUCAUAUGAGCGUAUGAAUUUAGCUGACGCCCUUAUACCAAAGUUUUAUGAAAACAACGAAUGUAUAAUCAAACAAGGAGAUCCAGGGGAUGGUAUGUAUUUUGUUGAAGAAGGAACUGUCAAUGUAGUAGUCACCAGUGAUACUGGCGAGCAAAUUAAUGUGAAUCAGUUAAAAAAAGGUUGCUAUUUUGGAGAAUUAUCUCUUUUGUCACAUAAAGGUCGUGCUGCUUCAGUUUUUGCAUCAGGGAAAGUGAAAUUAGCAUUUUUAGACGUUGAUGCAUUUGAACGAUUAUUGGGUCCUUGUAUGGAAAUAAUGAAACGUAACAUUGAUGAUUAUGAGAAUCAACUAAAUAAAAUAUUUGGAUCCAAGCAUAAUAUAUCAGAUAUUCGAUGA